CAGAGAAGCGAGCAACGUUGACAGGACACGUGAAACGGAAAUCUGUCGUUUCGGCAUCUUUUUUUCCGGGGAAGACCAUCAUCGGCAGUUUAUGUGAAUCCAUUUUUUUCAGAGAAGCAAACUCCCGAAGCUCACGUGACUUUGCCAGUUUGGCUGCUCCGCCCGCUCCCUCCUCCCGCACGGAUCUACCUCUCUCUCAGAAAGGGAGGAGCACGAGUAUCUGGACGAAAGUAGAAAAAGUAGAUAAUGGCUGGGAUUGCGGUUACCGAGGUUGAAGCUCGAGCUCCGGGCAAGAUCAUAUUGACCGGAGAACACGCAGUGGUUCAUGGAUCGACAGCCAUUGCUGCCUCCAUCGAUCUUUACACGCAUGUUCAUGUUCAGCUUCAUCCUCUAGAUAAUGAAAAUGGUUGUUUGCUGCUAAAGCUGAAAGAUGUUCAGUUGGAGCUUUCGUGGCCAAUCAAAAGAAUCCAUGCAGAGCUUUCAAAUUUGUUGGAUCCUUUUUCUCUGGAAGUAGUGAGGCCUUGUUCAGAGUUGACAGAAUCCAUAUCUGUUCUUGUCGGGGAACAUGAAUUUCCUGAAGCCAGAGAGGGCCUUGCUGCUGGAGUUUCUGCAUUUUUGUGGCUUUUUACCUCCAUCAACGGAAUUAGACCUGCUACUAUCACUGUCAGUUCUGAUCUUCCACUCAGUUCUGGACUGGGGUCAUCUGCUUCAUUUUGUGUGGCGCUUGCUGCUGCAUUUCUUGCACUGUCUGGAUCCAUGGGCUUGCAUUGCAAUAGCCAAAGUUGGUUGAAAUUUGGAGAGAGUAAUCUUGAAUUGGUUAACAAAUGGGCCUUCGAAGGUGAAAAAAUAAUUCAUGGCAAACCUUCUGGAAUUGACAACACUGUGAGCACGUUUGGUAAUGUAAUAAUGUUCAGAUUGGGCCAACAAACCCGUAUCAAACCUAGUAUUCCACUUCGAAUGUUGAUUACUAACACAAAGGUCAGGCGAAACACAAAAGCAUUAGUUGCUGCAGUUUCCGAAAGAGCCUCCAGGCAUCCUGAUGCCAUGUCUGCCGUAUUUACCGCAAUUGAUUCUAUUAGUAAAGAAGUAUCAAGUACCAUCCAAUUACCUGCCUCAGACGAAGUAUCUGUCACAGAAAUGGAAGCGAAACUGGAAGAAUUAAUGGAAAUGAAUCAAGGGUUGUUGCAGUGCCUGGGUGUCAGUCAUUCUUCUAUAGAAGCUGUCCUUCAAACAACUCUGAAAUAUAAGUUGGUCUCUAAGCUCACAGGUGCUGGUGGCGGAGGCUGUGUUUUGACUUUGUUACCUACACUACUUUCCCGGAAGGUAAUUGAUGGAGUUAUGGCUGAGCUUGAAUCUCAUGGCUUUGAGUGUAUGAUGGUUGCAGCUGGUGGUGGUGGUCUUGAAGUUUGCUUCGGUCGACACUCAUGACUAUAGUCACUGACAUCGCUAUUCUAGCUGUUGCUGCUGGUAUUGGUCGAUGCAUUAGUAUGCUGCUGACGCUGUUGCUUUUGUUGUACUCAUUGCUUCGUAUCAAUUCUGAUACAGGGACGUUAUCAGCUAAUGCUGCUGGUGCUGUUGCUCUUGUUGUGUUCAUUGCUUCUCAACAAUUGUGAUACAAGGAUGUUAUCAGUUGUUCAGGUAACCAGGCACCUGCAUACUGGUUCAA